AUGGCAUCGAAUGACGACUUUGUCCUUUCGGAUACCUUUUAUUCUGGAGGGUCUAAUGAAUCCGCCGAUAAUCAUGCUGACAACCUUCGGAAAUCUGUAAGCAUCCCGCAUUCCAUUUCCAACACAUCAAUCCACGGGUCAUUGAGAAAUUCCUCGUCCAAUUCGUCCAUUCAGAAAACGUCGGCGAUGAAGUCUUCGCCAAGUAUGAAGGCGUUGGAGUCGAUAUUGAAUCUGAAAAGUGAGCCUAGCUCCACAAGCACUUCUGCCGUCGCCAGCAUCUCGGAGGAGCGAGAGGACCACCAGAGUAUCCCGGAGGAGGAAGAACCCGAAGAUGAAGAGGAAGAAGAAGACAAAAACCCUACUUCAGUAUUUAGCUUGCAAAGCGCUAGAGAGUCUACACAUUCGGUGCAAACGUUUCAUUCGUCUAAGAGUCACACUUCAGGAAGCACUCACCAUAACAAUGGUGUGAAUGCUCUUAGCAACAGGUUGUCGAUGAUAACAAUGGACGGAGACAAGACACCAGUUUUGCAAAUGACAGACAAUUUCGAAGACGGUGAUGACACUCCUAUAGUGAACAGGAGCAAAGUAGAUGAACAAAUCGAACGUAAAGAAGAAGACGACGACGACGAAGGACAUGACACGACACUUAUUGAACCAAAGGUUAAUGAAGAAGUGAAAAAUAGCAACAUUGAAGGAGCUCAUAUGAAUAAACAAAUUCAGAAGCUUGCCAAUGGUUCUCCUAUCACCACGACCAGCACUUCAUCUUCUAGCUCUUUAUUACCUCCACCUUCAAUUCCAAACGUAUCUCCAACUAAGAAUACCAACCCAAAUAACAAUAGCGCUGCUGGAGCUAGCACUGUUCCUACUUUCAGCGUACUUGAACCUUCUCCUUCGCUCAAUGCAGAAAGAAGCACUACCUCCAAGUCCAUGAUUCCGGACUAUAUUCCUAGAAUACAACCUCCUUCUAAACGCAACACACCGUCUUCUAACCAGUCUUCCACCCCCAAACAAACCACCAGCUCUUCAACAUUCGACACACCACAUACUGUCACUACUCGCCCAUCAGUACAAUCGACACCAAGAACUCCUAGAUCGCACUACGAAAACUCUACUAGUUCUUAUUCAUUGCAUAACACGAAGAAACUGAUAACCGAGACUCCUCCACCAAUAAAUGGAAGGUACAAUGACCAGAGGCUGGUACUGUUACAAAGUCAACAGCAAACUCAAUUACUGAAUCAUCUGACUCCAAAGUAUUCACAUAAGCGCAGUAGCACAUUAAGCGACUUGUCCCAAAUAACGCAUGAGGAACCACAAAAGGUUCCCUCAGCUAAAAAGUUUAGCUUUAAGAAAUUAUUCAAGCUGAAGUCUAAGCAACAUAGUCUUAAUGAGGAAGAAACCAGAAGAUCACCAGCUGGAUCUAUUCAAUCGAAAAACAAUGAGAGUAAUGCAGCCGCAAAUUCUGCUUCAAUCGCAGCAGAUUCUGGACCUAGAAUUAAACUCCUGAAAAAGCCAAGAUCUUUCUCCUCGCCUAAUCUCUCUAAAUUGACUGAGAUGCCGAAGGUAUCUUCCUCAUCACAAGCGAAGGGAAGCGUAAUGAGUACACCCGCGCCACCCACUCAAUCUUCACUGAAGGGUUCCUCACCUUCAUCUUCCUCAUUUCUCAAUGUUUUCAAGAAGAAUAGAUCUUCAGAGAAUUUACUUUCAUUAAAAAGAGAUAGCUCCAAGCCCUCAUCUAUAAAGACUAAUGCAGCUACUCCACAGAGUAAAAUGGAUGAGAGUUCUAUUGAUAAUAUAAGCACUCCUAAUUCGAAUGGGUUCUUCAUAAGAGAGGUUAACGACGAAGAUUACGAAUUGAAAAUGUCCCCACCAAACUUUGAUGACCUGGAAGAUUAUGAAAGUAGUAAAGGGCUGCUAACUGUGAAGAAACAGAGAAUUAUCACCCCAAAAUCGAAUGCAAAGCCUGAAUUCAAUUCAAAUGCAAAUUCGACCCCAAUCAUAACUACUACAGCUGCAAGCAGAAGAAAUAAUAAUAGAACUGAACCUGAUUCCUUUGCUGUUCCGUCUAUCCCCGCUUUCACACCAUUACUUUCAUCAACCCCUAACACGAGAUCAUCGUAUGAUAGCACAACUUCAUCUACUUUUGUACCUCCAAGUACUUUGGCUCCUCCGCCAACUGCACCAUCCAGAUUUUCUACUAUACUUGACGAACGCCCACUUUCUUCUGGGUUUGGAUCUCCAUUUGAAGUUUCUUACUCACCAAAGGACUCUGUAGAAGAAUUCAGCAACACCAAUUCAUCAAUACUCAAAAGAGAAAGAGAUAAUCAACAACUAUUGGGUGAAGCUUUGUUUCCAAAAUCUCUCAAUGCACAAGAAGUGGAGAGUAUUGUUUCCUUAGAGAGAUCAAGGUCAAUGAAAUCAUUUAGAUCUUCUUCAAAUAAAAGAAAUUCCUUUGUCAAUUAUGAUGGAAGUAAUGAGAAUAUUAUUCAAGGAGAUUCUUCCAUAUUAUCUUCUCCUGACCACACUAUUAAUAGAUCUACAAGUAUUUUGAAAAACAGUGAUUCUAAGAGAAAUUUGCAAAUAGAUAGUGUCAUAGAAAAUGAAGAUCUGUCAAGGAUUUUAAAACCCACUCAAUUGGUUGGAGGUGGAGAAGAAGAAGAACAUGACCAGUACAGCUUUGAAGAAAGUGGGAACUUUAAUGAUUUCAUUGAAUUCCAGGAUUUCAUUAACGUUGAAAAUUUGAAUUUUAGUCCACAAUUGAGCUUUGAUAAAGGGUUUGAUGUUGAGAUUGAAAGUUUAGAGGCUUCACCAGUACCACAAGUUGACACGAGAAAGGAAGAAUUAUCCCCUAUUGUACAACUGAACAAGGAAUCAAUUAGGAAAAAGGAAGAAGUCGAUUUGCCAGCGAUUCCUAGUACAAAAUCGGGCCAUGCCGCUGGAAAAAGUAGCAGAAUCCAGCUACCAAAGAAAACUAGCAGAGACUCUUUUACUAAGGACUUACCAAAGAAAUCAAGUAGGGACUCUUUGGCUAAAGAUUUACCAAGGAUAAACACAGAAAUGAGUAAAACGCCUCUGUCUAGUAAUACGCCUAUCACAUCUGCUGCAACAAAUAAUUCUGCAAAGGACGAAAAGCUUCCAAAUGAAGCUCUCGUCAGUACGCCAUUGACUCCAAAUCUUGAGCAAAUAGAAAGACCAGCAGCAAUAGGCGCUAGUCCUGCCAAUUCUCAAGUUGAAUCCUUAAUUGAGCAAGCAUUUUCAAAUACUCCUGAGUUAAACCAAAAUGGAAGAACAACAUACAAUAACAGACCUAUUUCAAUGUCCUUUAGAGGACUAAAUGGUCCAUCCUUCCAAGGAAAGUUGGCACUUCAAAAUAUCCGUAGCUCAUCUUCACAUCAAUCAUUCAAUAUUUCAUUCGCAGAUAGCAGCGAUGUGGGAAGUAGUACUGGUGUCAUUGAAAGUGAAUAUGACAACGAAGACGAAGACGAUGAUGAUGAAUCCGGAAUUGGUAACGGAUUUGGAUCUGAUAAUGAAGUGGAGAUCGACGACGGCGAUGAUGAUGAUGAUGAUUAUGCUAGCAAGAAUAUUCCAAACUUUGAUCCUCCUCCAGUUAUUGGCAAAAAGAAGUCCAACGGGUCGAUUAGAAAUAACAAUACGAAUGGAAACGGAUAUGGAAACGGAUACGGUAAUGGAUACGGAAAUGGAUACGGAAAUGGAUAUUCUACUGGUACCAAUAAUGGCUACUAUUCUUCGGCGCCUUCUCCAAGCAGCAUAACAUCAUCUCCAAGGUCAUUUUCUUCACUCAUUGCACGUUCAUGGAAAAGACCUACUGCUUCUCCAAGAGUCCCACCAAAGCCGCCAACUGUCAUCUUGCCAACUAAUCAUCGUAAUGGAGUUCGCUUCUCUUCAAGAAUUGUCUUGUAUGAUACAUACAAUGGAGAUGAGUAUGAUAGGCACCCUGAUACAGCUACUUGUAACCAACUUACACCCAUGUUGGCCCAGCAAAUUAAGGAGGAGUUGAAUAUGGUUAAGCUGCAAAUGCCAGUACAUGAAACCUCUAGAUGCUACACACACUUUUUCUAA